AGGUUUGUCUCGGGAAGUUCUCGCGCGAUCUGCUUGGCUUUUUCCCUGACGUCUCGCGAGAGCAGCAUCUUCUUCUUUUCGGGAGCACGGCAAGAUGCCUUCAAGACUGAGAAAGACAAGGAAGCUGCGGGGUCACGUCAGCCAUGGCCACGGCCGCAUUGGUAAGCACAGGAAACAUCCUGGAGGGCGUGGAAAUGCUGGAGGCAUGCAUCACCACAGGAUAAACUUUGACAAAUACCAUCCCGGUUAUUUUGGAAAGGUUGGUAUGAGACACUACCACUUGAAGAAGAACCAGCACUUCUGCCCCACAGUUAAUUUAGAUAAGCUCUGGACCCUUGUUAGUGAACAGACAAGGCUCAAGUAUGCCAAGCAUCCAGCUGGAUUAGCACCUGUUAUUGAUGUUGUACGCUCGGGAUAUUAUAAAGUUCUGGGCAAAGGAAAGCUUCCCAAACAGCCAGUGAUUGUGAAAGCAAAAUUCUUCAGCAGAAGAGCAGAAGAAAAAAUAAAGGGAGUUGGUGGAGCUUGUGUACUGGUAGCAUAAGGCUUUGUGUCUGUUUAAGUUCAAAUAAACAUUAUUUGAGA